CACGCAGAUGGUUUAUUAUAUAAUAAUACUACGGUUUCAAAUGGUCGGUUGCCAAAAAGGGGCUGCAUCUGAUUGAAACCUGCCAUCGACGAUAAUUUGUCCCAUAAAUGAACGAUGCUUUCUGCUUGACAGAAACACUCUAACAUGAGAGAUCAGGUCAAAAUAACCAUAAGUAUUUGCGAUUUUCAUGCAUAACGGCACUCGACAGAAAAUUUCAUUAGCGAUAUCAAAUAUCUGACGGGGUUAUUUUCCAUCGUAUUGAAAAAUUCGCCCGUUUUCCUUCCCCAAUGUCAAAUUUUGCCUGUGGAUGUCUAUUCGAUAAAAAAGUCAAAGAACCGACGUUUCGAAAGACAAAAUAUUUUGAAGAUUUGAGUGCCAGUUUCGCUAUCAAUGCUAAAAACGAACAACUGAGUGCACAUUAUUCUUGGUUGGUGGAGCUUCAUAAACCAAUCAACGGCUCACAGUUAUACGUCGAGGCUACGCUAGAGAACCCGGAUGAUAAGACUAGCCCACUCCAAGUACAAGCGAUCGAAUUGCAAAACAACGAAUCCAUGCUCCCAUUCGAGCAUCGCCGAUUUUACGUUCUGUCUCCUUCAUUGCCAAAACUAAGCUGCGGGUUAUACAAUAUGAAAUUGACCGCUUAUAGUGACAAGUCUAAGAAAGAGAAGAUUACUGAGCAUUCUAAUCAAAUUCUCUCGCGUGUCAAUACAGAUAAUUGCUGCAAGUCAGAGUUCAUGGAGCAGAUGAACGCCGCAGCAAGAGCGUCGGAGUCAGGCUGGGAAACUAAGCAGUGACAUGGAUGUUCAUAGAAAAUGACAACCGCAACAGGUGUUUUCCCUACAGAGCUUCUGUAGAUAACAUAGACGAUUUCGAGGAUAUAUUCCUUGGUUUUCUUU